AUUUACAGCAGCAGCAGGACCUGAAUGACCUGGCUGGCAUGUAAUUUCAGACACUGACUCUCAAAAUCUGAUCGGAUCCUACACAAGGGGCCAGACUUCACGCCUUUUCAUGCGCUAGCUUUUCUCCCUUUUCCUUUGUUUGCAUCUUUCUUUGCCUUUUCUCCCUUCCACCCUUUGGAAUCAUUCCCUCCUCCGCGGCUCCCGGCACAACUGCGUGCAUGGGCUGAAGAGAUUUCAUCAGGAAGGAUUUAGCGUCUUUUUUUUUUUUUGCAUCCUUGCCACUUUGCCAGUGCCAUCCCGUCGACUGUUGAGGCCUCACAUGUUUUCUGUGCGAGGUCGCAGCUCAUCCCUGCGCUCUUUUUGUUCUUCCACCUUUCGCUUUUGCAGCUCCCCGUCCUCUUCCUCUUGACCCCUGCACAAUGCCUGAAUUCCACACCUUCACCAUGGCCCCAGGCAGAUCUCCUUCCAUUUAAGAAGAGAACCUGAACCAGGCCAUUUUGCUCGUCCUCUGCAGGCUCAGGCGGUUCGGUUUGCUGCUGCAGGGAAGUUGUAUCGCUAAAGGAACCGGGAGGAGCCCAAGGACCGGGCGCGGCGGCGGCAGCAGCAGCAGCUAGACAGCCAUGAGCAGCUUCGCGGGGCAGAGGUCGAGGCCGUGGGUGGGGAUGGCUGGCGUCGGCACCCCCUCGGAGCCCGCCGGUGACAGCGUCGCCGCCAGGGACGACGCCGCGGCGGCCUCGUCCAUGAGGGGCGGCGCCGACGCGUCCACCAACGCCAGCGCCAUCUCCUUCGGCUUCGCGGCCACGGCCGUCCUCGUCUCCAUGUUCCUCCUCAUGGCCAUCUUCGAGCACCUCAUCAAACCCGGCCUGGCCUCCUCUUCCUCCUCGUCUUCGUCCUCCUCCCCACGCUCCGACGACGACAGCGGCGAGGGCCGCGGCGGCCGCCGCCGCAUGGGUCUGCCCCCCGCUCGCCUGCACCACCAGCACGACGCGUCGCCGGACAAGGUCGGCCACUCGCCCAAGGUGGACGAGGACCCCGUGGCGGCCGCGCCGGACCUGACGGUGCUGAUGCCCGGGCACCGGUACCCGACGUUCCUCGCGCAGCCGGCGCCGCUCGCGCCGUGCCCCAGGGAAGGCGUGCGCUGGCCUCCCCACGAGCACCUUCGUUCAUUUCUGCCGCCAUGAUUUUUUUAGUUCUCUUAUUCUUCUCUAGUCUGUCUGUACAGAGGCUGGCUGAUUGCUUGCCAAGCCUGUGGAAAAUUGAAUAUUGGUGUGCUGGGCCGACGGGCCUGGCUGCUUCUAUGAGGCUUCUAUGGCCCAAUGCUUCGCAUGAUUUUAGUAAAUUUGUACAUGUCCCGGAAAAUCAAAUGGAUUAGUUCAGGCCAGCUAGCCCAUGUAGACCCCGUUUGUUUCCGCUUAUAAGCGGCUUAUCGGUGGAAAUAAACGAGAAUCCUAUCAAA